CUGGUGCUGAUGGAGGUGAACCCUUGGACAGCUCUGCCCUACGAUUGGUUUCACUCCUGCCGAUGCUUUCCAUUAACCUUCAGCCCAUUUCUAGCGCAUUGACUCCAGGGGUUCUCAUCAGUGUCAAGAUGAAAGUUCUUAUUUCUCUCAGCUGCCCGUCUUUCAUGUUUCUCGAUAUCAUCAUCGCUCACUCCUCAAGACGUCUUCCAUCUGCCCUUCAACAUGGGCUAUGUGGACGACUUCUCGGUUGAUGGCCCUAUCGGUCUUGCGAUGGUAUCCUUCAUCGCCCUAUAUAAUAACUUUAGCAUCUUAAAAAAUACUGUGGUAUGGGUUACUAUUGCUGUGAUCGGCUGGGUUCCCAUGGUCACUGGCCACUCCCUCGUUCUUUAUUCACGGCUAUACCUUAUCUUAUAUGAUGAGAGGAUCCUCCGUCUGGUCUUGGCCAUGAUUAUUACUAACGUUUUUAUCGGCCACGUCUUUACGAUCAUUGUCGCCUACCGGGCUAUUCUGGCCCCAGAACCCGGUCCCUACGUCACCGCCUACCCGGUAUACGAGAAGACCCAAAUGUCCCUUUUCAUCCAGGAGAUGAUUAUUUCGGGCCUAUACAUUUGGUAUACCUACAAAGCCUUCCAGAUGCAGGAAGCUCUCCGUGGUGCCCAGGCCUCCAGGAUGCUAUACUAUCUCGUUGUGGUUAAUAUUCUUGUUAUCAUUCUCGACGUCGCCGUCCUCGUCCUCGAGUACAACAACCCGUACAACUUUCAACCUGCUAUCAAGGGAAUGGUCUACUCCAUCAAGCUCAAGAUCGAAUAUUCCAUCCUUAAGUCUCUCAUCAACCUUGCCAAAGCCAACGUUGGACACAGCGGCGAGCACGACACCAUCCUGGAUAUUGAUCGAAAGGACCUGCUUCAUCCCGAAGACCGCUCCUUUCAUCUCAGCAUCAAGGCUCUUUAACUUAAAAGAAGUUCCGAAUAAUAAAGGUCGCCAGUGGUUUCCAUAGACAUCAAGGCAAGAUUUAUAGGGCAGUCGUUACCGUUGAAGAAGCUGAUAAGAUCAUAGCUGAGGAAAACAGGGUUUGCACUUAGACUUACGGCAUGCUUGAA